UCCUCUAUUUUCAGAAAUGUCCUAGAAAAUAUACCUGGAUAAAUAUGUUCAGUAAAUGUUGGCAUAUUUGGUUGCCUGUUCAGCCUUCCGACGUCUGUAUCCCAAACUCUAUUGGUUUUUUUUUUUCACACAAAAAAACUCUAUUGAUUUUUUAACUAAUGGGGAAAAGAAGUGGUAAUAAGACCAAGAACUUGGUGGAGAGCAUGCACGCGCUGAUCUUCCAUUGCUCCAUCACAAAAGGAAAAUCAUCACCGACACCACCGAUCACUAAUCUCUAUAGUCAACCCAAUCUUGGAUGGCGCCUCGACGUCGUGCCCGGAUGACUUCCGAUGAUGAUAACAUAGAGAACACUCAGAAUCCUCCAGCAAACAUCAUCUCACACGUAUGCCUGCAUUGCCCGGCCGCCCCCACCAUAAAUGAGCUUUGCAAAUCUAGCAUUCUCGCCGCAACCUGACCUGCUCGCACCAAUGGCAGCCGAAAUGCGGCAACCCAAACCCCUCCACUUCCUCCUCCUCCUCGCCACCGCCUCGCUCUGCGCGCUGGCGCGCACGGUGAAGGCGGCAGGCGGCGGCGGCAUGCCGCUGGUCACGGCGAUCACCAAGGACGCGGCCACCUCGCUCUACACCGCACCGCUCAGGGACAACCGCCCGCUCGUCCUCGACCUCUCCGGCCCCAUCGUCUGGACCACCUGCGACGGGCCCUCCCAUGACACGCUCGACUGCAGCAGCCACGCCUGCAUGCGCGCGCACCGGUUCCAGCCGCCCAACUGCCCGCAGACCGGCUACGGCGAGCCCGACGCCCGCAACCGCUGCAAGUGCACCGCGCAGCCGCACAACCCCGUCUCCGGCGACACUGCGUCGGGGGACGUGACGCGCGUCACGCUCUCCGCCAACGCCACCGACGGGAAGAACCCUCUGUAUGAGGUGUCGUUCACCGCCGUGGCAUCCUGCGCGCCGGGCUCGCUCCUGGCGAAGCUGCCGGCGGGGGCGGCCGGCGUCGCAGGGCUCGCGCGCUCGGACCUCGCGCUCCAGGCGCAGGUCGCGGACACGCAGAAGGUCGGUAGCAAGUUCGCGCUCUGCCUCCCGAGCGCCGGCUCCGGCGCCGGCGUGGCCAUCUUCGGCGGUGGCCCGCUCUUCCUCCUCCCGCCGGGCCGGACAGACGUCAACGCGACCCUGGCAGGGUACACGCCGCUGCGCAAGCACGGCGAGUCCCCCGGGUACUACAUCUCGGCCGACAAGGGCAUCGCCGUGAACCAGGCCCGGCUGCAGCUCGGCGACGGGUACGGCGCGCCGUUGGUUCUCGGGCUGUGCUCCACGAUCCCGUACACGGCGCUCCGGCCAGACGUGUACCGUGCGUUCAUCAAGGCGUUCGAUGCGGCCACGGCGGAGAGGGCGAGGAUCACGCCGGCGGUGGCACCGUUCGAGCUGUGCUACAACUCGACGCAGCUGGGGUCGACGCGGCUGGGCUACGCCGUGCCGCAGAUCGACCUGAUGCUGGAGGGCGGCAGGAACUGGACGGUGUUCGGCGGCAACUCCAUGGUGCAGGUGAGCGCCGACACGGCGUGCCUCGCCUUCGUGGAGAUGAAGCAGGGGGAGGCGGACAAGCAGGGCGAGUCGCCGGCGGCGGUGAUCGGAGGGUUCCAGAUGGAGAACAACCUGCUGGUGUUCGACGAGGAGAAGCAGCGGCUCGGCUUCAGCUCUCUGCUCUGGGGCAGGCAGACGACGUGCAGUAACUUCAAUUUUACCAUGGCUGCCUAGAUAUGACAUCGUGUGCUGCCUGCGUGGUUGUAUGUGUGCAUUGUGUUUUUUUGUUUUUUUGCUCUCUAUAUAAGUGAUUGUAUUCUCUGAAAUCGGAACUUGCCGUUUGUUUGUAAGAGCAUCUUCAACAAACAGCCGUGCAACGCGCGGCGCGUUAAAAAUCAGAAUACAACGCCGGGUGAGCCAGCUUUUGCGCAUGGCGGUGCGCUAGCUCUGCGGCCGCCGCAAUAUAAAGCGCGCCCGAGCCGCUCCAGCAGGCGCGCUAUAUUUCAUCGGUUUUUUUUCCUUUUACGCUUACUAUGUGAACUACGAUUCGAUACAUAUUUGGUUCUGAUAGUAUAAAUAUGGAGAUAGUUCGUCAUAUAGCCUGCUUCUACGAUACAAAAUAGUGUGUAGAUAGUUCAUAGUCUUCUCCUACGAUAGAUAGUUCAUAGUCACAUAGCCUGCUUCUAUGAUACAAAAUAAAACGAAAAACUACUACUACUCGUCAUUCUCCGACUCGGACUCUGCCUCGGUGUUGUCCUCCUCCGACGUCUGAGCGUAGGCUUCAAGGAACCGCUCGUCGCUGGAGUCCCAGGACGAUACAUCUCCUAGCGCGAUGUUGUAUUUAGCGUCUGCCUUCCGCGUUUGCUUGUCCUCGCGA